GGUGUCCGGUCCGGUGUCCCCGCCAUGGCCUCGCCCGCCCUGGUGGCCUUGGGCCUGUGGCUGCUGGUCCCCGCCGCCGCCGCCCUGCCCCUCGACAGGCCCGGAGCCAAAAAGGGCGACGAGCAGCCGACCGACACCCCGGACACCGGGCUAUAUUAUCACCGCUACCUGCAGGAAGUGAUCAACGUGCUGGAGACGGACGGACACUUCAAGGAGAAGCUACAGGCCGCCAACGCCGAGGACAUCAAGAAUGGCAAGCUGAGCCGGGAGUUGGAUUUCGUCAGCCACCAUAUCCGCACCAAGCUGGACGAGCUGAAGAGGCAGGAGGUGUCCCGGCUGCGAAUGCUGCUCAAGGCCAAGAUGGACGCCAUGCAGGAGCAGGAAGUACAGGUGGAUCACCUGAGUCUGUUGAAGCAGUUCGAUCACCUGGACCCACAGAACCAGCACAGGUUUGAGGCCCGAGACCUGGAGCUGCUGAUCCAGACGGCCACGCGGGACCUGGCCCAGUACGACGCGGCCCACCACGCCGAAUUCAAGCGCUACGAGAUGCUGAAGGAACACGAGCGGCGCCAGUACCUGGACUCCCUGGGCAGCGAGCGGCGGCGGGAGGAGGAGAGGCGUCUGCAGGAGCAACAGAAGCGCCACCGCCAGCACCCGAGGGUCAAUGUGCCUGGUAGCCGGGCCCAGCUGCAGGAAGUUUGGGAAGAGACAGAUGGUCUGGACCCCGCAGAGUUCAACCCCAAGACCUUCUUCCGGCUGCAUGACACCAACAGCGAUGGCGUUCUCGAUGAGCAGGAAUUGGAAGCGCUCUUCACCAAAGAGCUGGAGAAGGUCUACGACCCCAAGAAUGAGGACGAUGACAUGAGAGAGAUGGAGGAGGAGAGGCUGAGGAUGCGGGAGCAUGUGAUGAAGAACGUGGACACCAACCAUGACCGCCUGGUCACUCUGGAUGAAUUUCUGUCAUCCACUCAACGCAAGGAAUUCGCCGAGGCCGAAGGCUGGGAGACGGUGGAGGAGCAGCCCGUGUACACAGAGGAGGAGCUGGCGCGCUUCGAGGCGGAGCUGGUCGCCCGGGAGGCAGAACUGAGUGAACGCGCCGCUCAGCUGGGCCGGGAGCAUGAGGCCCUGAAGCGCUCCCAGGGCCAGCUGGAUGCCAAGAAGCAAGAACUGAAGCAGGCCGUUCUGCAGAUGGAGCAGCGGAAGCAGCAGCCUCCAGCACUCCAGGCCCCUGGCCCUGAGGGCCAACUUCUGUUCCAGCCCCAAGCAGGUGCCGGAGCCCCAGGCCCCCGGGACACCCUCCCCGCCUCGGCCAACCCCGAGCAGAGGCCUACACAGCCGCCUGGGGACCACCCACCUCAACCCGAUCAGCUCCAGUGACGACCCCCCACGCCCCCAGGUUGACAUCUCCACCCUCAUCACCCCUCAGUUGGCGACAUCUGCGGAAUCUCCUCUCUCCCGUCAAUCUCCCGGGACUGUGAGAAGCACUGCGGAGCCUGGGGGGGACCAGAAUGAGAGCCCUGGGGGCCGUUCAGGGGGCGAGGAACUCCAGGGCCAGCAGAGACCCCGGAAUAAAGACUCCUCCUCAA